AUGCAGAUAAUAAGUUAUCCGAUUCGGGGUGGUAGUCCCUUUGUUGCGAGCCUUCUGGGUAGAGCUGGAGAUCCAACCGUUCUCUGCAUCCUUGGAAGCCGUCUUCUGAUCAAUCUAAAGGAGGCAGGUGAGAGGGGAAUGAACCGAGGAACCUCUCACGGAUCGAGAGUACUCAGCGACGUCGAAUUUGCCGAAGGGCUCCCAGUGGCAGACUCAAACGAGGAAGGUACACGGAAUGCUUGA